AUGGAUCUUGUUCAAGAAUCUGCAACUUUCCCUUCCAUCACCAUGGAUGAGAAGGUUCUACUAGAUAUGCUUCUAAUGAAGUUGCGCUCUGUUGUUAACAUUGCAAGGGCUUUGAAUAUGGAGGCCCAGCUCAGAAAACUAGAGUUCUUUCUUCGAUCAGCAGAUGAAUAUUAUUUUUAUAAUGCUGAGAAGCUAAAGCUCUUUUUUUAUGAUGCUGAACUUGUCAUUGACGAGUAUGAAGUUUGGUCUUUGCAAAACCGGUUGCUUCCCAGUUCGACAUCAUCAAAGAUCCGUGGUUUUUUCUCUUACAUUGCCUAUCGAAUACGAUUGUGGCUUGAAAUUCGAAAGCUCGUUAAGAAAUUGGAUAAGAUAGGCGGGCACCCAAUGAUGGUCCCGCAGUGUAGUAUUGGUCCUUAUAGAGCAAGAGGGCUUAUGCAUGCACGUGCAUUUGUACAUUACUCUGGUAUUGUGGGGAGGGACAUCGAUAGAGAUAAGGUUGUUGAAAUGCUUUUAAAAUCAGGAAAUGAAGCUACCCUUUUUGUACUUCCCAUUGUUGGAGUAGGAGGCAUUGGAAAAACUACUCUUGCAAAAUUGGUGUAUAAUGAUCCAAGGAUUGUUAGUCAUUUUCAAUUGCGUUCGUGGGCUCAUGUGUCUCGCGUGUUUAAAGUGGAUAAAUUGCUGGAACAAAUUGUGGAGUCAGUUAGAGAAGAUAUAUGUGAGAAUCUUGAUAUGAAUGAACUACAGAAUCUAGUUCAGGAGACUUUGUAUGAAAAGAAUUAUUUGAUUGUUUUAGAUGAUGUGUGGAAUGAGGAUCCAGUGAAGUGGGAUGAAUUGAAGAAGUUGUUGAUGGUGGGUGCUUGUGGAAGCAAGAUUCUUGUAACUACAAGGUUAGAGGAAGUAGCUUCGAUGAUGGGGACGGUUCCUGCAUACUGUUUGAAGGGUUUAUUGAGUGAAGCUUGUCUGACUUUGUUCUUGAGAAAGGCAUUUGAACGAGGUCAAUCUUCACUAUAUCCAAAUCUCAUCGGGAUCGCGCCAGAUAUAGUGCAGAAGUGUGAGGGAAAUCCCUUAGUCUUAGAGGCUGUAGGAUCUUCAUUGUACAAGAAAACUGAGGAAUCGCUGUGGAAUCAAGUUAAAAAUCAUUGGAGCUGGAACUCAAAUCAGUACGACACAGCUGCUCUGAGAAUGAUCUAUGAUGAAUUGCCAUCUAAUCUCAAAGUUUUUCUUGCUUACUGCUCAAUAUUUCCCAAGGGCAGUGUGAUAGAAAUAGAUAAAUUGAUACAGUUGUGGGUAGCAGAGGGUCUCAUUAGUCAGUCUUCUAAUGAUACCGAAGAUCCUGAGGCCAUUGGGAUUCGAUAUUUCCAAGAGUUAUUGUCGAGAUCCUUUUUUCGAAAUGUUGAAGAAUAUCGUUCCGUUUUUACCUCAAUCUGUAAAUUGCAUGACCUUGUACAUGAUCUUGCACUGUCAGCAGCAGGGGUUGAAUUCUGUACGGUUAAUUCUCACACACAAAACUUUUCUGAUGAGGUCAGACAUGUGGCAUUUUCUGACUAUGAUUUGUCAGGCAAGGAACUGCCAGCAUCCCUUCUCAAUAACCAGGCAUUAAGGACCAUAUCCUUCUCCGUCGAUGGAAUAGGGCCAAUGAGUACAUUAUAUGUUGAGAACUGCAUAGCAAGAUUCAUGCAACUUAGGGUGCUAGAUAUGAGUGAUUCAUGUUUUGAUGAGCUGCCUAGCUCUAUUGGCGAAUUGAAGUACUUAAGAUAUCUUGACAUAAGUGCCAACGGCAGCAUUAAAGAAUUACCCGAUUCGAUUAACAAGUUGCUGAGCUUACAGACACUUCGAGUUUCUCAUUGUGCACAACUUGAAGGGCUACCUAAAGAUAUUGGAAAUUUGAUCAGCCUAAGACACUUGCAUAUAACCACUAAGCAAGCAUGUUUUCCUGAUAAAGCAAUUGGCUGCUUAUCAUCUCUUCGUUCUUUGUUUAUUUACAGCUGCAACAAUCUCGUAUCUUUGUCUGAAGGUCUGCAACAUCUGACUAGCCUUCGCACUCUGGCAAUUAUUGGCUGCCCAAGAUUGACCUUUUUCCCAAGUGCUAUGAAACACCUUACUGCUCUGGAGAAUUUGUUGAUUGUUGACUGUGAAGAGCUUACAUUAUUGGAGUGGCAAGAUAUUGAAGGACUAAGGAUGCUUCGGUCAUUGGUUAUCGGAGGCUUACCUGAGUUGGAAUCAAAAGAUGUUCAAUGUCUCAGGAACCUUCAAAUGUUGGUGCUUGCAGGGUUACCAGAGUUGGUUACUUUGCCCCGAUGGCUGGAAGGUGCCAAUUCUACUCUACAAUACCUGAGGGUGGAAAGGUGCCCAAAUUUCGCAGCAUUGCCAAAGUGGUUGGAAAAUCUCACCUCACUUGAAAAACUUGAAAUAUUCAAGUGCAGUACAUUAUUUUCAUCGCCCAAGGGGAUGAGUUGCCUCUCUAACCUGAAGGUACUCCUCCCUAACCUGAAGUUUCUUCAGUUUUUUUUCUUCCUAUCUGCUUGUUUCACAGUCUGGAUUGUGUUACUUAUACAAAUUGUUCUUAUCUCGACUGUUAAGUGGCACUCUAACUGCUUUGUUUUAUGGGAAAAUAAGCUGAAUUUCUUGGAUUAUCAUGCAGAAGUACUUUGGAGCUAUGUUGCUUGGACUCUUCAAAAUGUUUCCGCACCCGUGUUGGAUCCUCCAUAA